AUGAGGAAGGGGCUUCCAAGGAUCGAAGAGGAAGGUGGAACUCCUCCUGUCGUGAUGGACCACCAUAUCGACCCAUCACCACCUGUGCCGGUUGCGAUGCUUGGGCCAAGCACUCGGCCAGCCAAGCUGGUGCACCACGUGCAAGCCUUCAACGCCUCACUGCAGAGUUUGAUUUUCGACCAUCGGUCUGGUUUGCUGGCCGCCUGGCGGGACCUUGACAGCUCCAAGCAGAUGGGUGAAGCUGGCCGCCUCCUUUUUUGGACCUUUGCCGACCCAGGCAGCGGCGUCGUCUGGAAAUGCUGGGAUUUCUGA